AUGCUGCCACAGCUGGUCAAGAAGGUUGUUGCAAACAACCCCAAAAAGCUUGCCAACUUAAUUGAUCUAGUAAACCUGCCUUCUACACUUCGAGACUUCGUGGGUCAAUCUCAAAUUUCUCGCCUGGGAUGCUUCACGCGAGUAUGGUCAUACAUCAAAGCCAAUAAUCUCCAGGAUUCCAACAACAAGAAUGUGGUCAAUUGUGAUGAAAAGCUGAAAAGAAUCCUUCUCGGGCGGUUUCAGGUUGAACUAGCUGAACUUCCUGCACUGAUCAAACUGCAUUUUCCCAAGGAGCCAAAGUAA